CCAAACGCACGGCGGUCUGUGGCAGGUUCAUAACGAGAGCGUUUAAGCAGGAGUCAACGACCAUGGCUGGGCUUGCGGAGAAUAUGCUGGAGAUAUCCAACCAAAACGAAGGGAAGACGACCAGGGUAGAAUGCACCACCACCGCUUCUCCAGAAGCCUUCACCCUCGAGGUUUACCACUCAUGGUCUCCUAAAGGCGCGGAGCGAUUUGUGGACCUGGUGAAGGAUGAUUAUUUCACGGACGUGGCUUUGUUCCGAUGUGUAAAGAACUUCCUCGUGCAGUUCGGCAUCUCGCCGGACGCGUCUUCGCCGAAGAAGAAGUUCUGGAGAGAGCAGGGGCCCAUAAAAGACGAUCCCAACCUGCGCAUUAGCUUCAAGAGGGGGAUGCUAAGCUUUGCUGGGAGUGGGCCUAAUUCGCGCAGCACACAGGUCUUCAUCACGUUUGCAGACAUGCCACACCUGGGCAAGACCCCAUGGGAAACCCCUCUCGGCAUCGUCACACAGGGGAUGGACACGGUUGUGGACAAGUUUUACACCGGCUACGGCGACCAGCAGCCCUUCAACCAAGAUGGCAUUAACCAGGGCACUUUGCAGUCACGCGGGAACGCAUACUUGAGGGAAGAAUUCCCAGAAAUAUCGUACUUGAAGGAAUGCCGCGUGGUUGGCGAAACGGUCCCGGAGGAGCACGCUUCCGCACACCUAGAAAAACAGCAAGAAAACCCUGGUGGGGGAGAAUACGGCGACGUCUUGCGCCCCCCCCCGGUAAUAAUGAAGGACGAGUUUAUGGUGCCGCAAGCAAUGGAGAUGGCUGUGCCGCAAACGCCGAAGGAGCUUGCCGGUGGGAGGGACGGCGAUGGGACGAGCGACAACCAGAGCGUUAAUUUCUCGACAAUCGUGUUCGUCGCUUUGGCUCUCGGCGCCCUUGUGUUGGUCUGGAAGAAGAGCAAGAAGGACGAACGAAGCAUUCGCUGAAACUCAAGGAAGGUUUGACCUGACAGACCCGUCAUGCAAUGGCCGUGUGAAGAACGUUGUACGACAGGACGUCGGGUCGAAGAGGAGAAGUAGGACCCUGCCGGACAUGGGCUGCUUGCCAAUCGUCGUGUAGAUGGGUUUUUGGUCGGUUUGCAUUGGUUGUGAUGUGAACACUCUCUACGUUUCGCAGAGGCCCAUCCUUGUGUACAGUAGACCUCAGUGUAUUUAGCCAUUCGUCGUGAUUUGCGUGCGGUGCAGCAACGCCUCGGCUCGUGAUGCUGAAAUCCAGUUCAGAGGCCCCAAGGGCACCCUUUUGACUGCUGCUGCUGCUGCUGUGUGCUUAUCUUCGUGCUUCUCUAUGAACGUUGCUGUUUAAAAGCGUAGCAGCUCUUGUCACUUCUAGGGAUUCUUCUGUCUCAUUCUACGAAUCUGGAUAGCAUCGACGUCCGCGAUUGUGACUGCAACUACCGAAGCACGCCAAGAGUCGUCUCCCGCCCCACUGUAUUGCUCAAGGUGCAGUGCACUUUUUGCUGGUCGCGGGGCUAAAUUUCUUUUGAGACGAAAACAAUACUUGCUCCUCCCCGUGCGCUUGGGUUGGGCCUCAGGGGGGAGUAAUAGUGUUUUUGUUCGCGCAACAGGUGUGUUUUCGUCGAGACACACACGGCACCCGGAAGCACCUCCCAUGCACCCCCGUUUUGCUGCCAUUCCGCUUUUGCUCUUGGCUUUCUGACGUAGGGCUGGCUUGAUCCAAGAAAGAGAGCAGGAGGAGUUCCCCCCCCCCCCCGGGGAUCCGCCCCCCCACUUCCUGCGAAUGUAUUUCUUGUUUUUGACGACUCUUCUCGAGUUGGACCCUGGCGUCCUUUUUCGUCAUUUUUGACGGGCAUCCCCCCCGGCAAAGAUACUGCUAAUCUUGAUUGUUUUGCGAAAGGUGAAAGGUGGCUGCGUCGUUUCCAUGUUUGGCGUUUGAAAGGCUACAGAAUAUUGGAGCUGUGCAGGGAACUGCUACCUCGUAUAGCGUUGCCAAAGCGUGCGACUUGUUGUAUGGGUGUGAACCAGAGUGUCCAUGUUGUCAAAGCGAAGCUGGAUUUUGUCUCAUGCGGAAGUAAACUGUGCUUGAUGGUCGCGAAUAGUACAAACGUGUGUACACAAAGUUUCACGGUUCACAGAGAGCAAGGAAGGGGCGACUUAUUCUCGCGAUAACAAAAUUAAGCCAAGCACAUCGCAGACGGA